GCGCUGUGCUGACAACAUCCUCGCAGGACCAAGGAGCGGAUGGUGCGUCCAAUAGUCCUCCUGCUCGGUACAGGCAUCCUUUGAGCCUUAACAGUCAUCGAGCGAAGCCUUCGAAAAUGUAAACAAAAGCGACGCAGGCGCAGCAGUACUCUCUCCCUCACUCCUCAAGCAGUUUUGGAACGGAAAGCCGAGCUUCCAGGCUCGCAUCCUGGUCGGUCCUCGGCCGUCGUUGGCUGUCGGUUUUCCAGCCCACCUCCUGGCCAGGCUCAAAAAGAGGCUCAGGCAGCCAGCGCUCACAACGCCAGCAGAGUGCGCAGCGUGAUGUAGUCCAGCUGCAGACCGACACUGCUACCGAUACCGAGAUUCAGCUCCAGCUUUCGCAGCGGCCACUCAGGGAAACUUUUCCACACUCGGGCACGCACACAGGGGCAGACCGCGUCGGAAAAGCGGAAAAGCCUCAGACAAAUGGCCAGGAAUAGCAGCAGCAGCAGCAGCAGCAGCAGUAGCAGCGAGCGCAGUAGCAGCAGCAGCAGUGGCACAGUAGCCGUGAGGGAGCCGUGAAGUGAAACGGAAAAGCCUGAAAAAAGGUGGCGUGAAAAAUACCACAAGAGGCGGGGGUGUGUGAAAAUCUAGGGGAAUAGCGCGCCCCGUGGAAAUGGAAAUGCCGAGGCUCCUGUUAGCCUCGCCAGCAGCGGAUGUAGCAGCAACACCAGCGGAAACAGCAACCUGAAUCCGCAUCCGCAACAGCAACCGCGCCCGCUCCCAAUUUCUCCGCUCUCUCCGUUCCGUGUUAAUUGUUAUUUAUGUAUAGUGUAUAUAUAAAGUUGUGUGAUACAAAUGAAUCGCUUAGAUCUGACAGCAAGCGAGAAACUGUAACCUAAACUCAGUCUAAUCAAAAGCGUACAACGACAACAAACGGUUUUGCAAGUGAAACGACAUAACACCAAGCCAACAAACCAAACAAGCCGAUAAAACAAGUAACCAACCAACAACAUUAAUCCAACGGGUCCAAUGUUGCAGCCAACAACAUGCAGCAAACAGCAACAGCAGAGGCAGCAACCAGCAAUCGCAACAGCAGCAGUGGGUGGAGCAGCGGUCCAGGAGCUGCUUCGGAAAGCCGCAGCUAAAGAUCAUGGAGCCUUAGCAGCAGCAACUGCAACAGCAACAGCAGCAGCAACAACUGCAACAACUGCAACAGCAGCAACAGCAAGCCGCAACAGCAGCAACACUUGGUGCCACAGCGACGACAUGUUGUCCGCGGGCCGCAGCCGCAGCAGCAGCACAACGAUAGACUUCAAUAGUCGCCGGCGGAGGGGGCGCCUACGAGGCCACGCCCCCUUUGACCUGGCAAUGAACAAGCAACACCAAGCUACGAUACUGGACGAGUGUGUAAAUAUUUUCAAGCGCUUAGUAUUAUUAACAUUAAAAACAAUAUCAGCAACAACAAUAACGAAAGCAAAGACAAGAAGCAGAACAGCAGCGCUACCAGCAACAUCUGCAGCAUCUGCAACAUCAUCUCGUGGUGCCUCCGCGGAGCAGUUGCUCCACCCAAGUAGCCGCAGCCGCUGCAGAAGUCGCCGCUGCCUCCGCCUGCCGAUCUACAGCAUCCUGCUGCUCUGCCUAACCACCCAGGGAUUGGGCCUCGGAGAUGCCGCCAAGCCCAAGUCGGCCAAGCAGCACUUCGGUGGCAGCAGCGGCAACAGCAACAGCCCAAAUCAGAACCAGAACCACAACGAUGUCCUGGGCGGAGUGGGCGCCCCAUCCCAAACGUCCGGCGAGGACGAGGCCGAGAUCAUGUACCCCUUCCAGUCCGGGGAGCAGAUGUUCGGCCUGGAGGAGGACCAGGAACAGGAUCCGGAGCUCAAUUCCAAUGCAGUGCCCGGCUCCGACGAGGAUAAUGCGGCCAAUCAACGUGGUAUCAAUGACACGCACAACGAUAACUCGACCACCACGAAAACGCCACUAUUCCCAAAAGAUCUAUUCACGAAAGAACAGCUUGAGAACGGCGCUGUCAUCCUGCACAUCAUUGGGGUGAUCUAUAUGUUUGUGGCGCUGGCCAUUGUCUGCGAUGAAUUCUUCGUGCCUUCCCUUGACGUAAUCAUUGAAAAGCUCGGCAUCACGGACGAUGUGGCCGGCGCGACGUUUAUGGCGGCGGGUGGCAGUGCCCCCGAGCUCUUCACCAGUGUGAUUGGCGUUUUCGUGUCGUUCGAUGAUGUGGGCAUUGGUACGAUCGUUGGCUCCGCCGUGUUCAACAUCCUGUUUGUGAUCGGGAUGUGCGCGCUCUUCUCCAAGACGGUCCUGUCGCUCACCUGGUGGCCUUUGUUCCGCGACUGCUCGUUCUACAGCAUCAGUUUGCUGGUGCUGAUCUACUUCUUCCGGGACAACCGCAUCUUCUGGUGGGAGGCCCUCAUCCUGUUCACCAUCUACAUCGGCUACGUGGCCUUCAUGAAGUGGAACGUCCAGGUGGAGACGUGCGUCAAGAAGAUGAUUACCAAAAACAAGGUGACUCGCGUCAGAAGUACAGAUCAACUUAUGCCAGCAGGUAAUGCGGCCAACUCCUCGGAAACAUCGAUGGCCACCCAGCCGGGCGGCUCCGUAACAUCGCGGGCGGCCAGCGAAACCCGCUCGGGUCCGCCCGGAUCGAGCAAUGCGGGCGCCACAGGUAAUAGCAGCGGCGGGGGCGGCACCUCGGGUAGUACUCAGACCGGUGCCAAGUUCCGCCACGGCCUGUUACAGCUAAUGAUACACACGAUAGAUCCACUACACGAUGAUGAUGUUCCAGGCAAAGUGGACGAGAAGGCGACGCAGCUGCACGCCAUCGCCUCGCUGAAGGUGUUGCUGGAUGCCACCAAACCACAGCGCGGUGGUGCCACCACCUCGGCGGCCAACCACGUCAAGAUCAAUCUCAAGGAGACCACGCUCGCCGAUCGUCCCAAUGGGAACAUCGACACCACCCUCGACUCGCCAUCGUUGAGUGGUCGACGUCCUAGCUGGAUUGAGCAGAGGGUCAAAAUUCAGACACGCAAAUUUAGCAUCAAAGCGCCCGAAAUCGAGGAUGAGCCGGAACCACUGAGCAUGGCCUGGCCGGACACGGCGCGGAAGCGGCUCACCUACGUCCUGGUGGCCCCGCUCCUGGUGCCCAUGUGGCUAACACUGCCCGACACGCGGACGCCGCGCGGCAAGCGCUUCUUUCCGGUCACCUUCAUUGGCUCCAUCGUGUGGAUAGCGGCCUUCUCCUACCUGAUGGUCUGGUGGGCCAACGUGGCCGGCGACACGGCGCGCAUUCCGCCCGAGGUCAUGGGUCUGACCUUCCUGGCGGCGGGCACCUCCAUUCCGGACUUGAUUACCUCGGUGAUUGUGGCACGCAAGGGAUUCGGCGACAUGGCCGUGUCCAGUUCGGUGGGCAGCAACAUAUUCGACGUGACCGUGGGACUGCCGAUACCGUGGCUGCUGUACGGCAUCAUCUAUGGGGCGCCCGUCGAGGUGAACUCGGUGGGCAUGGUCUGCUCCAUAACCAUCCUGUUUAUGAUGCUGGUGUUCGUGGUGAUGUCGAUCGCCUGCUUCCGCUGGCGCAUGAACAAGGGGUUGGGCUUCACCAUGUUUCUGUUGUAUUUUGCCUUUGUCGCCGUGUCGCUGAUGUUCGAAUACGACGUGAUCACGUGCCCCUUUUAAACAAGGGGCAGGGGCAAAGACAAAAGCGGGCAAUAGUUACCGAGUUACCCGGCUGUCGCGCCAUCGAGCUACCGAGCCAGCAAGGAUACCUGCCAAGGAUAUCUGGAUGCCGCCGAGGACGAGACGAGGACCCCCGUCAGCCUCACACCCAAUUAGCUAAAUUAUAUACAAGCAAAUUAAUGGAUGAUAAACAAAUUAAUUAACAGUGGACUAAAGCUAAAUAAUCGAAUUGUUAAACAGACAGACGAACAGACAUGCAGACAAACUCACUCACAGAUACACACAAGCCACAACACACACACAUGUAAAAGCGAUACUGAAUUAACGAAAUCGAAAACUUAACGUUAACAAAAUGCGAGUUAGUUAGUGCCAGCGUUUCUUUUUCGAAAGACAUUUACUUUAAAGUGUUUAGCGCAGCUUUUUAACGCAAGCAGCCCCCUAUCCUAUCCUUAACUCUACGAAUCUUUGCUCCCAACUAUCGUAUCUAUCUGCGACCUAAUACCAAAACUAGCGAGAAGGAAACACGACAAUGGCUAAUGGCUUCCCAACCACUUACUAACUAUCUACCUAACGUUUGGGUUUUAACUACAAGCAUAAGAAACCAGCAUACCAGGCGUAUGUAUCAACAAAUAUAUAUGAAUAUCUCGGCACAAGGCACCUAUAUCCUAUAUACGGUAUGAUAUGAUAUGAUACGAUACGAUACGAUAAAGAAAAGCAGCCUCCAAAAUUUGUGUUGAGCUCUUUCGGUUCGAUCGAUCGAGCAGAAGCCUUUCAUUUGCGUGCUCUAACUAAGAUUUCUCCUAAAAGCUUUAUCCAGAGCCUAUCUAAACUCUAUCUAGUUUACGACUUAUACAUAAUACUUAUAUAUCAACUCACACGCACACUUACAUGGCAUACUAUAUAUUGACCUGUAUUGAUUAAGUGAUAAUUUGCGUACUUAUUGAACAAGCAAGCAAGCGAACAAAUCGAAAACUCUCAAAGUUAGCUACAGUUGUGCUCGAAUUCAACGCUAAAUCGAAGCGAAUGUAGGGCUUUAAGCAAUUUGCUUACGAGCACUUGCCAUACAUCCAGACCAGAUCAUUAUGAUAUGAUUAUCGAUUACACUGAUUCCAGUCCGAUGCUAAUUCUAAUUCUAAUUCUAAUUCUAGUUAUGAUUAUGAUUCUAGUUCUGAUCCCGUUUCUAGUCCUAAUUCUAAUUCUGAUUCAUGUUGGCGUGUAGGAGGAGCAGAGUUUAAAUUUAACUUUAAAUUGAAGCCAUAUUUAUUAUAGACUACUUCAAAUCCAAAACCAAAACCAAAAACCAAAAGCCUAAGAUAAAAAAACCAAAAAAAAAAAGAAACUAAUUUCAUAUACUUUUUGCUUAAUGAAGUCCCCCAAGUACAUAUAUAUGAGCAUAUUAACGUAUUUAUAUAUAAACGACAUAUAAGACGAUAUUUAACGAAACAAAACAAAAUCAACUUGCUCUCUUUAUUUAGAAGGUACGUAACAUUUUUCUAAACUAAAACUAAAACCCUAAACUCGUAAAACCAAGUGGCCGCAAAACCGUUGAAAUGCAAAUGGAAAAGAAACCCAAAUAAUUUAACAUAAAACGCAUACAUAUAUACACCUUAAUAUAAACAUAC